CGCAAGAGGGUCAGUCGCUCCUGCUGCUGCCCACAAAGAUCGAGGCGUGGCGUGACGUCACAGGCACACACUCACACACUCGACGCCCCGUCAAGCAAAGUGCUGUGCCGGAUGCCAAUGUCCUGUCGUGGUGCUUUGCUUUUCGAGCAGUGACGGCGAGCUUCUUGUCCGUGUCUCUUCUGCUGCUCCGUAUCUUUGCCAGACUAGGCACAAACCGAAUGACUGAGGGACGGACCGACGACGACCUCUUGUCUUUCACAAUGCUGAUCAUUCUCCUUCUUCCACCACCACCACAGACAACACCCAUCAGCCUCAGCACCGACCCAUUCCGCUGCUGAUUCGCCCCCCGGCCCUUUCUCCGGUCCAGCAAGCUCACUCGUCCACCGUCUUCGUCUCUCGCACUUGCCACUCCCCGCAAUUGCGAAUGCCCUCGCCGCCGGCGCCCCCGCAAUCCGCUCCUCUCGCCACCUCGACCCCCGCGACAACUCCCUCGUCUCAUCCUCCGCCACAACCUCCUCCUCCGGCCGGCUCCUCAUCACCAGACCCGGGCGCGGACCCGGUCCCAGCCCCGGGUCCCGUCCCGACCGCGGCGCUCGUCCUCGCUGGCGGGCCCGCCACCCGCAUGGGCUACCCAAAACACCUCCUCAAGCUGCCCAACGGCCAGCCCCUCUACCUCUACGUUGCCGACCUCGUCUACCAAGCCUGCCCGCACCUCGACUGCGUCUACAUCUCCCUCGCCGAGGGCUCCUACCUCGACGAGAACCUCCGCGCCCUCCUCACCGCCAAUCCAGUCCGUCCCUCACAACAGCAACAACACCAGCCUUCUCGGCCGCCCAUAACCACCAUCAACGCCGACAACACCCCCGCCGACGCCGCCGUCAUCGGCCUAGACCCGGAUCGCACAAGAGCCCAGCAUGGCGAUGACACGGGCCACGGAGGCAGCAGCGGCGGCAACCACGCUGGGCCCCCGCCGCUCGAGGUCAUCUGGGACAAGAAGAUGCCCCUCCUGCACCCACCGCCCACCCGCGCCCAGCAGCGCCGCGAGGAGAAGAAGCGCGGCAGCAGGGAGCGCCCGGCCGAGAUGAAGUCGCACAAGAACAGGUCCACGUCGAGCUCCAAGCGCAGGUCGGCAAACAGACUAUCCGACGGGCCCCUCACGGCACCCACCACACCCGGCAUCGACGACCCAGGCGGCGGCGGCGGGGGCACGACAACGCCACACCACUACCACGAAACAGACGUGGAACAGGACGGCGACAUCGACGCGCUAGGCGGUAUGCCCGGCACCACAACGGCAGGCGGCAGCGACGGAUGGCCACCUUCCAGACACGGCAACGGACCCGGGGGGCCAAUCCGGGGGUUUCUCGCAGCCCACGAGGCCCUCCCAGACGCGACGUGGCUCGUCAUCGCGUGCGAUUACCCGCGCCUGACCGUCAGCGCGAUUCAGUACCUCGUCGAGGCGUACGAGCCACCCGUAACGUGCUUCCGCGGCGCGAGGAACAAGAUGGAGCCACUCGUCAGCAUCUGGAGCCCCGAGGCGCUCGCGCGGCUUAGGCAGAACAGCGACCCGGCCGGGGCUCCUGCGGACACGAAGCCUUACUCUUUCUCUUCCUCGUCCUCGUCCUCUGGGGCUGCGACUGCUGCGUCGCCAGUGGCCACGGUCGGGUCCAAGCUUACAGAGAUGGAUCUGUCCGGUGACGGGGCAGAAGCCGGGCCAGCACCACCAGCACCACCGACGCCUACGCUGGGGAUCCUGGGCACAAUACGGCAGCUGCACGGCAAGGCAGUCGAAGUGCCACCCGGCGGGAUGGACGACAUCUGGAUGUACAACGUCAACACGCCGGGCAACUGGGACACGGCGCUGGAGCUGUAUGAUGAGUGAGCGACUGGGUUUUUCUUUUUCUUUAUGUUGUUUGUUGCUCCUUCUUGGGAAAUGGCGCCAUGAUUGCAUUUCUAGAUGUAUCACUAAACUGGCGUAUAGAGCGGUCAAAAGAGUUUUGACGUGGUUACGACGCAGGUUUGCAUGGCUUUGUUGCUUUUCUUUUUUCUUUUUCUCCGGAGUACAUAGCAUUUGUAUAGAGCGAGGAGAGACACUCAUUCUUGGGAGGAAGCGGACGAGGACAGUGGCUUUAACGACCCCAUCACGAAUAUACGCGAAAUAGACAGGCGCGGAUGCUACUAGGCAUCGGGAACUGUAUUUCUAUCCAUACACAAGACCAUCAAGACCCACAAGCUGUGUUCUGUUCUGCAUAUAAGUGAUGGUUGUGGGAACACACUUGUGC